AUGUCUACUGCAAACCCGCUAUCCUACUCGAGUCUGAAAUGUGUUAUUGGAUGGUUGGAGUUCAAUUUAAGAAUCCAACUCUCCCUACGCUGUCCAGACCUACGGUGUGCGGAAAAAUCCGCGAAUCUGCAUCUCAAAAAUCUCGAACUGUCCCAAAACAGUGUGAUAGUCAAUGGAACGAUUUAUCGAUUUUUUGUGAUCAACUCAACAUGCAAAGAUAAACUUCCAUAUGACCUCGAUGAGUUCGGUGCGAUGGAUUUUGGAGCAAUCGCAAACGAUUCUUCGGAAGUUUUAUUUGAUAGUAGAGAAGAGCACACUGAGCGUUCCAGAGUGGCUAGCAAAUUGUACAGUUUGAAGCGAGAACCAGAGAGAAUCGCUCAAAUAGAGGAUGAAGAAGUUCGAGCUGCAGAGCAGGAAAAAUUCAAUGAAAAAGUACUUGCUCACCAGGCAAAUGCUCUUCGUUCUAUCGCUCGCUUGAGUAAAAGCCAAGUUCCACUUGAAAUACAGGAGGCUGAGCCACUCACCCAGUAUCUAAAAUUAGAGUCUGGAGUACUACAUCCACGGCAGCUCUGGUUUUCAGCGCCACCGAUUCUUGGAGAGAAACGGGUGGAGGUUUUGAAAUAUUCUAGACGGCUUCACAGCGCUGUGAAGUAUCUGGUGGAAAACUUGAUCGGCGGUAGAGCUCAAGUAAACAUUCAAAAACUGUCUAUCAAGCCACAAGGAGUACUUCGGUUACCGAAAACUUUAAAGUUCAAAAUCUCGGAACUAGAUAUAGGAUGUUGGGAAACCGAGAAGUUGCUCAACACAAUCAAGCCGCUGCUCACAUUCUCCAGCUUCCCACUGAAAUCCCUGUCCAUUUACGGAGACUCUCAUUUUGCGGACCCCAUUAUUCAAAUUUCCCGGCAACUUUGCAUCAGCACACAGGUCGCAAUUGCUAGGUUAGCUAAUCUGCGAUAUGGCCAUCGAAAUGUUUUCGUGAAGAAAAUGAGCAAAUAUAUGAUUAAUGAUUUUUUGAAGUUGACCAAAAGUUUCGUGGAAAAUGGACGGGAUCUUGGAUCGGAUGCUCGAGAUUUUGCGGAGAGUUCUGGCAAAUUGAGAAGAUCGGAACCAUCCCUGAUCGUUGUUCGAAUGAAGAACACUGCGGAACUCCUUAUAACUCUACAAGCAGAGGAAAACCAGGAGAAUCAUUGGAUUGUGAAGUUGGAGGUUCAAGAAAUCAGUGGUGGCAAUAAUAAAAAUCCACUGGAGUAA